CGUCACACGUGGUCGUCUACUGCAGCGCCGUGACAACAUGGCCACAGUUCAAGUCAGUGAAGCUGAGAAAUUGUAUGUUUUGCAUGGAGUACGGGACGAUUUACGAGUUGAUGGACGGAGCUGCGAGGACUACAGGCACAUGGAGAUCGAGACAGAUGUUGUGUCUAAUACAGAUGGUUCUGCAAAAGUUACUCUUGGACACACAAACGUCCUAGUUGGAAUCAAAGCCGAAAUAGGAAAACCAAAACCCAUGGUACCUGAUGAAGGGUAUCUGGAGUUCUUUGUUGACUGCUCUGCAAAUGCCACUCCAGAGUUUGAGGGGCGAGGUGGUGAGGGUCUUGGUAUAGAGCUGAGUAACACACUCUAUAAAGUAUUCAGUAACAAGCACAGCAUAGACUUAAAGAGUCUCUGCAUCCGCCCUGGAGAGAACUGCUGGGUUCUCUACGUGGACGUACUGCUUCUGCAGUGUGAUGGCAACUUAUUUGAUGCCAUCUCUGUGGCCAUUAAGGCAGCCCUCUUCAACACAAAGAUCCCAAGAGUGCACAUAUCAGAAGAUGAGGACGGUGGAAAGGAAAUCGAACUGUCAGACGACCCGUAUGACUGUGUGCGAGUCAAUGUAGAGAACGUCCCCUGCAUCGUGACUUUGUGCAAGAUAGGGCACCGGCACGUGGUGGAUGCCACCCUGCAGGAGAAGGCGUGUUCUGUGGCGAGCCUGCUCAUCUCCGUCACACACCGGGGCACAGUGACCUGCGUCAGGAAGGUGGGGGGAGGCAGCCUGGACCCAGAGAGCAUAUUCGAGAUGACCGAGACAGGUAAACGGGUGGGCAAAGCACUUCACACUCCCCUCAUGGAGCUGCUACAGAAAGAGGAAAGCCUCGGAUCAAAGAGACAGAAAGUUGGCUUCCUCGGAUAAAACUCUUCCCCCUCCAUUCCCCCAGUCUGUGAUUUUGUACCCAUUUGUGUUUGUUUUUGUAAUAAAGUUUGUCCACAUAA